AUGGCCUCCACAGGCAAGAGUCUACACUUCUCUAACCAGUUCGUCAUAAGCUGUGGUACCGUGUCGCUAGAUGUAGAGAGGUCGAAAGUGCUCCUUAUCCGCUGGCGGCGAACAGGCGAAUACUCGCUUCCCAAGGGCCGUAAAGAUAUUGAUGAGCCCCUUGAAGAGACAGCCCUACGAGAAACUUUUGAGGAGACUGGAAUACGAGUCCAACUACUCCCUGUGAGCAUCGACAGCUUGGCCACCUUGCCUUCCUCCGUCAAGACCGAGGACCGUCCGAAAGCUGUCAUUGAACCUAUCGCCGUUACUCAACGCACUACGCGGCAGGGAAUUCUCAAGAUCAUCUUCUGGUAUGUUGCCACGGCAGACUCUACCACUGUUCCAGAGGAGGGAACACAGCAGGAGAAUGAGGAUUUCGAUACCAUCUGGGCCGACUUUGACAAUGUCGGUUCCACCUUGUCCUUUGAUGACGAUCGAAGCAUCGCCGAGGCAGCCAUCGCUGCGAUUCGAAGAGGAGUGGCCCCAGUUUCUUGA